AUGAAAAUUCUCCACUUUUUAGCUCCCAAUUCAGCUAAACCAGCUAUUAUCAAUCUGAAGCAACAAUAUUUCGGCGCAAUCACACAGACCCAGAUCGUGUUUCGUCGUAACAAAAGACAAUCUCUCUCAAUAAACUGCUCAAACAGUGGGAGCAACAAUGGCGGCGACGAGAAGAUCUCUCAGCCGUUGGAUGGAGUGGAGAUAAGAUUCAGAAGAGGGUCGAGGAGGAAAAUGAGGGAAGAAGGUUCAGGAGAAGGAGGAGGGCAAAAGAAAAAAGCAGAGACUAGUGUACAGAAGCCAUGGGAAGAGAUGACAUUGAAUGAGAAAGCAUUGGAGCUUUACGUAGGAGAGAAAGGUUUGUUGUUUUGGCUGAACAAAUUGGCUUACGCUUCGAUCUACAUUGUGAUUGGAGGUUGGAUUCUUUUCCGGUUUGUUGGACCGGCUUUGAAUCUUUAUCAGCUUGAUACACCACCUCUUGAUCCUAAAAACAUCUUAAAGGGUUAA